GAGAGAGAGUCAAUCAAGGUGGAUGGUUAAUAUUAAUGUUGAUUCUUAAGUAAGAAAGACAAAUGAGAAAAGCCCUAUUAUACUGUUGUGGCAUAUAAUUAAAUUUAAAUUUAUGCAUUAUUAAAUUCAUAAAGGCGUCUCUCUCAUCUUUUUCUCCAUAUCACCUUUUUGAAAUUCUGUGACUCUAUUCCCCUUCCUUCCAUGUAUGUCUCUCCUUCUCCAGCUAUUAUACUACUACUUUCUCUCUCUUCUCUUCUCUUCUGUUUAUAUAAAUAUAUAUAUAAUUAAACGUUAUCAUUAUCGUUAUCAUCAAUUGGUAACAACAACCAGGAGAGCUAGAGAGAGAGGGAGAAAGAGAAGAACUACAGUAUAUAGCUAAUUUUAGCUGAUCAAUUCAUAGCUCUCUCUAGAGCUUACUUAAUUAUUGACCCCAGAAACAAAAUUUAUCCACACCAACCAAUCAAAACAGAUCAAGAAGAAGAAGAAGAGGGUAGAAAACCAUGGGAAGAGCUCCUUGCUGUGACAAAGCCAAUGUGAAAAAAGGCCCUUGGUCACCUGAAGAAGAUGCCACUCUUAAGGCUUAUAUUGAGCAAAACGGCACCGGUGGCAACUGGAUUGCUUUGCCCCAGAAGAUAGGGCUUAAGAGAUGUGGGAAGAGCUGCCGUCUGAGAUGGCUGAAUUAUCUGAGGCCACACAUAAAACAUGGGGGUUUCUCUGAAGAAGAAGAUAACAUUAUUUGCAGCCUUUAUCUAAGCAUAGGAAGCAGGUGGUCUAUCAUAGCAGCUCAGUUACCAGGACGAACUGAUAAUGAUAUAAAGAACUACUGGAACACAAGAUUGAAGAAAAAGCUGUUGGGAAAACAGCGAAAAGAACAUGCAGCCGCAGCCGCCGCUAAUCAGGCUGCUCGCCGAGCCAACAACAACAAUCUCAUGAUGAUGAUGAAUAAGCCAGAAAUCAAAAGAGAAGCCACCAACCCCUCUACUACUACCACCACUAUUGCUUUUGAUCAUCAUCAUCAAAACAAUAUUCUUCUUCCUACAACUGGCGGCUUAAUGAUGAGUGGUAAUCAUAAUCAUCAGACACUACCGUACUGGCCAGAGCUACCAGCAGUAGCAACGACUCAUCCUAUGGCUCCUAAUCAAAACAGCAGCUACUACGAUGUUUCUCAACUCAAGGACCAAGAAGCUGCAGCCUCUAUAAAGAGUUUUCUACUCAAAUUGGGAGGAAGAUUCUCUGAUCAAACUGAUAGUACUAGUGCUAGUAGUACUACUACCACCACUGCUUCCACUACCCCAGAUCAUUUUCAUCAUCAGUAUUACGGCCCUUUUGAUCAAUCAUUAUUAUAUGAUCAUCAACUCCCAAUUAUGGUUCAUGGGAGCCAGGGCCAGCAGUUUGCUGCUGCUGAUCAUAAUCAUGUCAAUAAUAUUGGUAUUGGAGGUAGUGUACUACCAAGUAGUAUGGAUCCUGGGCUUGAGAAACUUCAAGAUGAGUUAAGCCAGUUGAUUUACAGUAGUAGUGAUCCAGUUGAAGAUAUUUCAUUAUUACAUCAUGAUCAUGAGGGUGUGUAUGGGUCAUCAAUAGAAAUGGUAACUAGAACAGACGGAAGCAGUAGCAAUACUACUGGGACUGCCAGUACUACUACUAAUUCUGGAGACAGUAGUGGAAUUAGCUCCUUGGUUAACAACAAUAAUAAUUACCCUUCUUUGGUUUCCGACUAUGGAAACUACAAUCCUCAACAUCAUCAUCAUCAUCAAGAUUCUGCUGGUUAUGGAUAUGUCUUCCACGAUCUUCAUCAUCACUCCAAUAAUGAAUGUAAUGAUGAUAAUAAUAAUCACUAGUUCUUAUUAAUUAUUAGUAUUAUAAUUACUAUUAUUUGUAAAUGCAUGUGAGGUUAAUUACUACAUAUAAAAUGAUAUCUUCAUAGCUAGCUAGCUUAUAUAUAUAUAUAUAUAUAUAUUUAUGAGCACUUUAAUUAGGGAGAAAAAUUGUUAUGAGGAGGGGACGGCCGGGGAGAAAUUCACAUUGUUUAAAUUAAUUAGAAGAUCUAGAUAAUCAGUUAUUCAUGUCUCUGUAUUUAUUAUUUAUGUGUUAAAUCCUUUUUUCCUUUUUAAUUCAAUGAAUUAAACUCAUCAAUAAUUAAUUUCUUUCUCUGAA